AUGACUGCUGAGUUUGAGUGGAUCUACAUUUCUCUGUUUUUUACGGCGGUGUUCCUGCUCACAGGUAAGGAUGCAUACGUGGAUAGAUAACAAUAUUACAAAAGACACAAUCUCUUAGCUAAAUUGAGCAGUAGACUCAUCAUUGUAUGUAGAAAACUAUAGCCUAGCUUGCAUAUUGGUUCUUCUGGCUGUACAACUUUGAAAAUACAGUAAAGUCACUUUAAGGCAGCCAAAAACACCCAAACUGUAAUAGCCAAUAGCUGAUUCGGGCUACAAAAAUACUCAAAAUAAAUGUUCUGGAUCUGCUUUAAGUAGAUUUUUACUGUAAGAGACUUUAAAAAAAACCUUCAUACUCAAAUUUUCACACGUCAGGCCUUUUCUGAUUUUUAGUUUCUCUUUUCAUUGCAGCUGAUGGUAAGCAGCCUGUCUACCUGACUGUCAGAGAAGGAGAGAAAGUCACUUUGUCUUGCGAUGAAAGUGUGAUUAAAGAUCAACACAAGUGUCAGUACACUACCUGGCUCCGAAAUCAUUCAGGGAACACCACCGAGCUGGUUCAGCGAGGGCAGAUUGGUGAAGAUGGAGUGAUAUCGGAAAAACUGAGUGUUACAGAGGACUGUUCUCUGCUCAUAAAGAAAGCGAGCCCAGAAGAUGUUGGACGCUACGACUGUCAACGGUUCAAAUUCGAGGGGAAAAGUUCAGAUGCUCAAAUUUAUUUGUCUCUUCUUUCCAGUGAGUAUUUUUAAAACAUCUAUUGUCAGCUCAAAAUGUCUUUUUAAAACAGAAACCUAAAAAUAAAGCAAAUAAGUUGAACACAGAAGUAGUUUUAAGUCAUUGGUUUCGCAUUUCUUCACCUUCUCCAGUGAGGGAACUGAGGACCACUGAGGGUUCUGUGACGUUUCGCUGCUCUGUGUCGACACCUGGAAAAUGUCUGCACAAGUUGAGCUGGCUGUUUGAGGGCAGACGUCUGCAUCACUACGGACUAAAUACAUUUAGUAUUCACUGCUACACCUUUGUGACCAUUGAGACUGACCACCCCAUGUACAACUCAAGUUACGACUCACUGCAGUGUAAAGUGACCCAGGAUGACGCAGAGCAGCUGUUUCCCUUCAGACUUCAGCCCUCAGGUGAGUUGAUGUUGAGCAGUUCAAAGUAACUUCAAACUAGUGGAAAUGAUACUGAAAAACACAUUACUCUUAUUUAUUUGCAGUUGACGAGGAAAAACCACAACAGGAGUUUUGUACUGAGUGGGAUUUUUUUGAGUUUUGCUUUUCUAUUUCAGGGAAUGAAAUACCAAAAAUGACAACAGAACCAGGAACAACCGCAGAGCAGACGACUACUGACUCAACAAAAAUAAAUGGAGAAAUCAUAAAAGCAGGUAAUGACAGACUCUGGAUUCACUCUCAUAACUUUUAUUUAACCAGGUUUGUCCCAUUGAGAUCCAAGAUCUCUUUUGCAAGAGAGACCUGGCAAAGAAUGGCAGCACAUACAGUUUCAAUAUAAUCACAUUAGUCAUAUAGAAUACAAAGAAUACAAAUAAUAAUUGAAUUUUCAAAAUUAGUUCAAAGAAUUUACAAGAUUAGUCAAACAUUUGCACUCAAAUAAAACAUCUACACUCCUGAAGCCUGGAUGUAAUGGAAUGUAGCAUGGAUUUGAAUACAUUCAGAGAUACCAGACUUGGAGUUUCAGGUCUGAUCACAAGAUGUUGCAUGUACUCAGAGCAGAAAAUCUAAAAGCUUUCUUCUUCAUUUCUUUUCUGACCUUAGAAACAGUAAAUGACAAAAGUCCUGGGAGCAGAAACUAUAGGCCCUAUUAUUUAAGAUCAAAAAGGAUGAUAAAUAAGAUGGAGUCAACUGAAGAAUAGCCUUAUAAAUCAACAUGUACCAAUGGCUGAGCCGGCUCACAUGUAAAGAUGGCCAAUUUACUUUACCGUAUGAGACACAAUGAUGAGUUAGAGCUCCACAGUUUGGUGGAAGGGACCUUAUACAAAAUACAUUAAAUUAAAAAACGAAUGAUGUAAAAUUAUAUAGUGACAUGACUCUAUAUGAUACAUGUACAAAAUAAUAUAUGUCAUGAUACUCAUUCAUGUGAUAUGAUAUGAUGUUAUAAAAUAUAAUAUGAUAUAUAAUAUGAUUUGAUACAACCUCAUAGGACAGAUAUGAUAAAAUAUGCAAUGCGAUAUGAUAUGAUAUGAAAGGAUAUGGUAUAAUUUGACACCUACAAUGGUAGAAAAUGAAAAUGAAGUACUGUAUGAAUCAAAUCAUAUAAUAUUGAAUAUAACUCUUUGAUAUAAACUUUCAGUAUACAGUAUAUUCAGUAAGAUUUUAAAUCUCAAAAUGUCUGUCUUUAUCUUUCAUUGUCUUUGCAGGCAGCUGGAGGCUGAUCAUUGUGUCUGUGGGUUUGUCAGCUCUCAUUUUAACUGUUGUGACUGUCAACAUCUGGAUAAAGAUUAAAGGUGAGGGCAUUUAAAGAUAAAAACACUUUUUUUUAUUAAAUUGUUUUUCUCUUUGGAAACUAAAGUGGAUUAUUUCUUCAGUCUUUCAGGGGAAAAAACAACAGAAGAAUGAUAAAAUGGUAAUUUUUCUGUGGUAUUUAAGUCUGUGGUAUUUAACUGUAGUGAUUGCACACAUGUCUUUAUCAGACUGAUCUGUCACUAUAUCUGUUGUUUUACAAAUGCUUUGCGGUCAAGAUUGGAAAGCUGUUUAAUUGUGUUGUUUUUCACAGAUUCACAGUGAAGUUGAUGAUACAGCGAACUACGAAAACGUCAAUGUCUCCAGGAAUUGACUUUGAUGUUGAAAGGUGAAGAACAAUAUAUGUCAGCUGUAUGAGCAGCCCUGCUGCUACUUAAACUGGAUAUGUGGGGUUUGUGUCCUGGUAUAAUAAAGUUGAGACGGGACUGUCAGCAGUGGUUGAAUUUUUUGCAGCCGGUCUAAGUGACCAAAAAAGUUUGUGAGCUUACACAAUUUUCAAUAAGCUGCGCUGCUGUUUGACCCACAUUCACACCAACAACUUCCUGUGGUUCAAUUCUCAGAAACGGAAGCUACAAGAUACCAUCAGGUCUAAAAACACUUGUGGGUGGAAAGAUGUAUGACUGCUCUUUUAUUUCAUGGCAGCCAAUGAUAGGCUGUAAAGAGGAGGGAGAUUUUCUGGGGUAUCAGGAAAAAAAAAACACUUUAAGACAUUAUGAUGGCGUAUAAAGGACAAAAAAUACCAAGAUUACAAGAAGAGAGUCAAAACAUUUUAAGGAUAAAUAAGGAAACAAUAAUAAGUGGUUAUGAGAAUAAACUUGAUUUGUAAACUGAAUAAAGUCUUCAUGAUAAAGAAAAAAGUUGGGAUGUGAUGACAAUAUAGUCAACAUGUUGUAAGAAUAAAGUCAGUAUGUUUAAAAGAUAAAGUCAUAAUGAAGAUAAUUUCUAUAUUUAGUAAAGCUGCAAUAAAAAAACAAAGUCAAUAUGUUUCGAGAAUUAUGUGGCUAUAAGAGUAAAGUCAUUAUCAAAAUAAAGUUGUUUUAAAAGGAGUUGUUAUGAUAUGAAAAAUAAAGUCAGGCUGCUUACGAGAGCAGCCACUCAAAUCGCCUCAUCUCAUCUUGGCUUCAAAUGCUUGUCGACUUACCAACUGUUGUGACUGCACAGAUGCACAGAGUCCAGUGCAACGAUGAGAUUUUGGAUUACAGGUAUAGCAGGUGGCCUCAUUCCAACAUAGCUACUGCCGAAAUCCUGUCUAGAGCACCCAUGGGGAGUGUCAGCAACACACAGCAGGAGACAGAGGUGGACCUGUAUGUAAACAUGGUACUGUCUGACCUGCCAGCAACAGACAAGAAGUUGGAGGAGAUUAAAAAACACCAGGAAAGGGAUGUCAUACUCAGAGAAGUGAGAGUGGCCAGACAGAUUCUCAUUGGACAAAGCAUUCCUACUUUACCAACAGUUUGCAGGCGAGCUUACUGUGCAGGAUGGACUGUUACUAAAAGGUAGCAGACUAGUCACACCAAAAUCACUGCAAACGGACAUACUGCAGAAACUGCAUGUGGGACACCAGGGCAUAACAAAGUGCUGAGAGAGAGCCAAAGAGUCAGUCUGGUGGCCUGGACUGAGCAUGCAGCUACGGAAGAUGGUACAGAACUGCAACACAUGUGCAAGGGAGAGAGUUAACUUCAAAGAGACUCUACUGCCCACCGAGUUUCCAGACGGGCCAUGGGCUACAGUGGGAACUGAUUUGUUUGAAUUAAAGAGCACCCGCUACUUGUUGGUGGUGGAUUACUUUUCUCACUACAUAGAGAUUGCCAAGCUCACUUAAACAACACCAGUCACAGUGAUUGAAUGCCUCAAAUCCAUCUUCUCUAGGUGGGGUUGUCCUCUUAUUACCUCCGCCAAGGAGGUUAUGUUUUCGGUAGCGUUGGUUUGUUUGUUUGUUGGUUUGUUUGUCUGUUAGCAACUUUACGGAGAAAGUAACAGACGGAUUGACCUGAAAUUUUCACCAGAGGUGCGUCUCAGCCCCAGGAGGAUCCCAUUACAUUUUGGUGGUGAUCCGGACAAAAUUCUGGAUACUAUGAGCCAGAACACACAAAAAUAAGGGUGUCGUUGGAAUUUUCAAUGCUGCAAGAUAACAAAUGGGCGGCACACUGGUGUAGAUAAGCAGCACUGUGGUGUAGUGGUUAGCACUGUCGCGUCACAACCAGAAGAUCAUAGGUCCGAAUCCCGGUCAGGGCGUAUCAGUUUAAACACAAAUGAAUGUUAAUAAAAGACACGCAACGGUAAAAGUUUUGGUGUGAAUCACAAUAUAAGAGGGGACAUGAGCUGCUUGGCGGAGAUCUGCACUCUCCGAGUGCUUUUCUAGUUUGCAGGAGUGAUAACCACAGUAUUGUUCUGAUAACUAUAAACAGUUUGCUGCUGCCUGGGGGUUCACUCACAUCACCUCUAGCCCCAGAGUCCCACAAAGUAAUGGAGAGGCAGAGCGUGCUGUGAGGAAGAUCAAAGACCUCCUGGACAAAGCAGAGGACCCAUACAUGGCUCUGAUGGCUUACAGAGCUACUCCUUUGGCCAGUGGGUAUAGCCCAGCAGAACUACUCACGGGCAGAAGGAUUAAAACUGCUGUUCCUGUCAUCCCAUCUUCCCUUGACCCGAAGUGGGAUGACAUCCAAAAACUGAAGGAAGGAGAAGUGAACAGCAGACAGAGACAGCAGAAAAACUUCAAUAGAAGACACAGAGCACAUGAUCUGCUAGAUCUACAACCAGGUGAUUAUGUGUGGGUCGUAGACACCACAGAGAGAGGGACAGUGUUGGCGAGGUCAGACAUGCCACGAUCCUACAUCUUCGAGAUGACCAGGGGAAUCCUGCGCCGGAAUCGCAGCCACCUUGGCAGCACACCCGUGGGUCCCACCAGACCAGCAGUUCUUCCAGACAUCCUACCAGAAAGCGAUGCAGGGAGGUGCCAACCAGCGAAGCAGACCCAACCUCAUCCACAGAGUCCGGAGGCUGGGAGACGCUACCCGUCGAAGGAGAGAAGACCACCGGGGUACCUGAAGGACUUUCUUGUUACAUAGAUAGCAGGUAGGCUACUCUCGAUUGUCUGAGUGAGUUCUGGGGCAGAUUAAUCCCCACACUAAGCUGAAGGUUUGGGCAGUCUACCCCUCCAUCAGAUAGGUGAAUAUUGUUUUGAUAUUGUUAUGCUGGUUGAUUUUGUGUUUGAAAAAAAACGUGGAAGCAGAAAAUGUUAUUGUUGUUAAAUCUGAAAAAGUAACUGAAAGAAAAGCGAAUAGCUAAAUGUUUCUGAUUUAAUCUGAAAGGGGGAAUGAAUUGUUUAUACACAGAAAGGGGGAUAUAGUGUUAUGGGGUUCUGUGGGUAACAGAUGCACCACCGCCACUUAAUGGGUUUUAACGCAGAAUGACCUGUAUUAUGUAGGCCAGUUUUUUAAUUCAAGACAGACAGACCAGCACGUUGUCGUCGUCCACAGCUCUUAUUGUUACUCAGCUUUAAAGUACAGCCAGCACAACGUAACAUGCAUAGUGUGAAAAAAAGUUUUAGCUCGCUUUAGCUUCAGGUGUCCUGAUAGAGACUGACAGCAAGAGCAUCACUUGACUUGGUACCAAGUCCAGACCACAGGUCCAGACAGGCCGUGACUGACUCACUACGUCGGAACCGAGACGCGUUCUGUGUCUUCUGUGUGGAAGAAGACCAGGAAAUCAACGACUGAGCUGGCUGACCAGAAACAGCGCUAAAAACUAAAAUUUUUCACGUGAAUGGAUGAGACGCUGACCGCGAGGUUGUAAAUGGGAUUCAAACAGGAUGUAAAGGAGAAUAAUAUGGGUGGAUUAUUAACCUGUUGGAGCUGGAAGACUGAUAAUGCUGACUGUUUUACACAUCAGAGUGAAGGUAAAACAUUUUUCCCUCUGUUAUUUUAUGUCAGAUCUCCGUGAAACAGUGGAGACUCUGGUGAUAAUGUUCAUUACACUUACUACCGAUGUUUACAUCUGAUCGCUGCUGCUGCUGCAUGCAUGUGUGAGUAAGGAUCCUUGGUAUGUUACCAGAGGUUUUAGCCUCUCUCCCUUUUGAGAUAUGACCUCAAUUGUACUGUAUUUUGUUCACUCUUAUUGUGAAGCACUGGACCGGAAGUGCCGAAAGUGCCUGUUGCCUACACCUGUAUAUAUUUGCCAUUCAUUAAAACAAACUCAGAUCAGUUGAACAAGUGAACACGACGCACAAGUCUUGGUCUCCUUUAUUCGCUUGAUUGUUUUCUGGCUUAGCGCUGCUGAAGAAGUUGACAGUAACUCUGUUAACACUCCCGGACGGUGGCUGUAUAUAUUAAACAUUGCACCAAGAACUGAGGAUCUUUGCAAUUCUUUUUUUUUCUUUCCUUUCCUUUUUUUUUUUUGAGUUUCUAUGAGGACAAGACAAAUCUGAAUCCACUCAGACUCCUGUGUCGUUCUUUUGCUCUCAUAUUUACAACUGUCGACUUUACGUCUAUGAACCUUCACUGGUAUGAGUUUCUUGAAGUUGUCAAAAAAAAGUAAAACUUUUAAAGCCACUUUUCUCUUGUUUUUUUAAAGUAGUUAAUUCAGAUCUGAAAUGACUAACUGAGAUGAUAAAGAAAGAUGAGAAGCAGAGAUCAGUUGAAGAGGACUGAUAAAGACUAUGUUGAACUGAAUUUAGGGAGCAAACAGGACUAAUCUUUUUUUUUAGAAAAUCUCCCUCCUCUUUACAGCCUAUCAUUGGCUGCCAUAAAAGAGCAGUCAAACAUCUUUCCGACCACAAGUGUUUUUAGACCUGUUGAUACCUUGUAGCUUCCGUUUCUGAGAAAUGAACCACAGGAAGUUGUUGGUGUGAAUGUGAGUAAAACAGCAGCACAGCUUCUUGAAAACUGUGUAAGCUCAUAAACUUUUUGGGUCACUUGGACCAGCUGCAACAAAUUCAACCACUGCUGACUGGAAUUAUAAAGACUAUGGCCCCAACUACACGAAUGUGGAUAUAUUUCAAAACGCACAUAUUUAUGUCCGAUUAGGCCUCCCUACCACACCAAAACGGGAGUUUGAAACACCCAAACCGGAUAAAUCUGAAUCCGAGAAGUGGAGAAAUAAAAAAAUAUCCGUACAAGUGGAUUCGUGUGGUUGAACUUUUACGGAUCGGUGACGUCAAACCGCAGCUCGCGCAUGCGAAUUAAAAAGAAAAACAACAACAACAAUGGCGGACAAACAGGGUAUUCUUUACGUUUGUUUUGCCCUUUUGGGGCUAAUUUCAGCCUUGCAAGUGACCCUUGUUUUAUACAAUUACAUCCACCAGUAAGCCAGCUCACAGACGCGUCUGCUACGGCCAAUACUUUUAUUGGUCACAUGGUCCGUCACAUAGACCCGACGCACUAGCGUAGCUUCCGCAAAUGCAUGAUGCAUCACGCUGUUAUCAACGCUGUUAAUCAGGUAGCUUUAGAUAGAAAAGAGUCAAACUUCCUCACCCAAUGGAAAAAAAAAAAUCUUUGUGACGACCGUGAGAAAGAGAGGACAGAUCAGACCUGAGGUCUGCUGGUCCCUCCCUCUGAGAGCUUCAGGGGAAGUAUUGUGGUGAGAAUGUGGGUGUAGUAGCUGCAUGCAGAGCACUGUUGCAGAAUCACUUUGACCACUUAACCCUCACAUACUCUUCAAAUCCUGUACCCUCACAGUAUGUUCCGGGUCAAAAUUGCCCCUUCAAAGAGUUCAAAGAGCAGCUUUCUGUCACAGAAAGUUCUCUUGACUAGUUAGGUCAUUUUGACCUCUGUCUAGGUGUGUCUGUGUGACUGUAUGUCUGUGUGCGUGUGCGUGUGUGUGUGUGUGUGUGUGUGUGUGUGUGUGUGUGUGUGUGUGUGUGUGUGUGUGUGUGUUUCUGUCAAGGUAAUAAUAGUUUCAUAAUGAUUUGAAUAUAUCUUUCUGAACAACAAACCUUAAAUUGAACACUGUUGUUAGUGUUUGUCACUUGUCCCACACUGCUAGAUCUAAAAUCCAUCUAAAUAUAGAUACAGGUCAAAUUUGACCCAUAACAGCCUUAGAGGGGAAAAAUUUGUAGCACAUAAACAAAAAUACCAAUGAAUAUUUUUAAAUUAAUUUCAUGUAGUUUGGGUUAUUUCAGCCUUAGAGGGGAAAAAUUUGUAGCACAUAAACAAAAAUACCAAUGAAUAUUUUUAAAUUAAUUUCAUGUAGUUUGGGUUAUUUCAGGAAAAGUCGCCAAGUUUCAGGCUUAAAAAAUAAUGUUUAGGGUAUUUUUACUGCUGUUAAAAGUCAAAACGGGUCAAAUUUGACCCCGGACGGUAUGUGAAGGGGUUAAGGGUGCUUUUGGUCUGUAAGAUUUGCUGAAACAAGCAUGUUUCUGAGAACUUUUUAAUCAUUAUUUUAUUUCAGGAAUGCAAUUGAAAGAAAUCUUGCAGCUACGGUACAUCAAGCCAAACACGGUGCAUCUCUGGAGCUGAAAUACAUUAGUUUAUUGGCAUAGAGUGUAAUGCAUGGACCCUCGCACUUUUACACACUUGUAUGCACUUCGGUAUGACGCAUGUCUGGGUUUGGCAAAUGUCUCUGUUUUUAGUACAGCGGCAGCCAUGACGCACAAGUCUGGCAAACCCAUCUUUUUUGGGUGAAACAUGCCGAAGGCGCUAUAUUUAAGAGCAAUUGUGGGUGGGGCCACCUGCUAUACCUGUAAUCCAAAAUCUCAUCGUUGCACUGGACUCUGUGCAUCUGUGCAGUCACUACAGUUGGUAAGUCGACAAGCAUUUGAAGCCAAGAUGAGAUGAUGACAAUUUGAGUGGCUGCUCUCGUAAACAGCCUGACUUUAUUUUUCACAUCAUAACAACUCAUUUUAAAACAACUUUAUUUUGGUAAUGACUUUAUUCUUAUAACCACAUAAUUGUCGUUACAUAUUGACUUUACGAAAUAUAGAAAUUAUCUUCAUAAUGACUUUAUCUUUUAAACAUACUGACUUUAUUCUUACAACGUGUUGACUAUAUUGUCAUCACAUCCCAACUUUUUUCUUUUUUAAAAAAAAAUAAACAAUGUGUCUCAUACUGACAGAAAUUAAGAUAAUUAAUUAAUUAGAUAGAAAAGAGUCAAACUUCUUCACCCCAUGGAAAAAAAAAUAAUAAUUUUGUGACGACCGUGAGAAAGAGAGGACAGAUAAGACCUGAGGUCUGCUGGUCCCUCCCUCUGAGAGCUUCAGGGGAAGUAUUGUGGUGAGAAUGUGGGUAUAGUAGCUGCAUGCAGAGCAAUGUUGCAGAAUCACUUUGACCACUUAAGAGUGUUUUUGGUCUGUAAGAUUUCCUGAAACAAACAUGUUUGUGAGAACCUUUUAAUAAUUAGACUGAUGAUUUAACCCGGGGAGAGUGGAGGAACAGCGGACGAAGAUGGACCGUGUCUUCGCGCUCAGCUUCGCCCUCUUCGUGCUCGGUAAGAAACGCUCUGUGAUUGAAAGAUAAUUAACUCUGAUACAUGUCGGGGUCCACCAGUCAGGGGAGGCUGGUCGGAACCUCCUCUGGAAAAAGCUAAGUCAAAUUUCUAACUGCUGAUCAGCAAACGUUCACGGGUUUAUAAAGAAAAAAUGGUUAUUACUAUUAUUAACAUCUACUUCCUAAUUUGGUUUACAUCCAACAUGUCUUCCAGCUUUUCAUUCCAAUAGAAACCCGUCCUUUAAACUCAUGUAUACUGUAACCUCAUGUGUGAUCUCACUAAAGAAUUCCCUCAGCUAAAACAAGUGAGAAGACUCAUGAAAGGUUUAUUUCAUAACGCCGGAUUUCAGUGUGUCACUGAAAAUGAGAAAAAGAAAUGGACCACUUCCUUUGUUUGUAUACUGAAUACAGAGUUUCACUAUAUCAGGGGCGUGUUCUACGAAGCAGGAUUUCUGCUUAGCAAGGUAACUUCGAGGGUAAAUUCGGGGUUUCCCGUUCUACGACGCGGGUUCACUUCUUAGGGAGGCGAGUCUCCAUGGCAACGUACGCUGAACGGCUAACCUGCUCCGGGGCAGGUUAGGUUCCAGAUUGAACUCACCGAGUAUAAAAACCCCGCCCACUGACCAGUGAGCUCUCUCGCAAAAUGGCUUGUCUAUUCUUGGAGGAUCCUAUAGACCUCAGUGCUCGCAUUGUCUGAGGAGCACUCCGGCGCACAAGAGUUUUCAGGGACUGCAUGGACCCACUUACUUCUCCGGAUGAUCACCUUUAGGAAAGGCUCAUAUGGCCUACAUAUCACACAAAAAAUGUAAACACAAUAGGAAUGAACAAAUGAAUGAAUUCAUCUUGGAAAUGAAUGGGCAUGGGCUGCAUGGGCUGCGUGAUCACAGACAACUAUAGUAUGGCGAACUUGCCUCCUCAAAGGAAGACAUCAACCAACACCUCUCUCAGAUGUUCAGCGGCCCCAGACGAGAGAUGGAGCUGGGUAAGUGCAACAUUCUCAUCGAUCCCCCUGAACCUGAGGUGCAGUUUGACAUGUCUGAGCUGAAGCUGGUGGAAAUCAAAGAGGUUGUCCAUAGAGCCAGAGCAUGCUCUGCUCCAGGACCAAGUGGCACUUCGUACAAAAUGUACAAGAACUGUCCCAAACUGCUACUGCGUCUGUGGAUAAUCCUGAGAGUCUUCUGGAGAAAGGGAAAGAUCCCAGAGCAAUAGAGAACGGCUGAAGGGGUAUGGAUUCUGAAGGAGGAAGAGUCCAUACGUCUUGACCAGUUCCACAUCAUCUCCCUCCUGUGCAUUGAAUCAAAGAUCUUCUUCAGCGUCAUCUCCAAGAGACUGUGCUCCUACCUAUCAAAGAACACUUACAUCGACACAUCAGUCCAGAAAGGUGGCAUUUCCGGAGUGCCAGGCUGUGUGGAGCACACAGGUGUGGUGACGCAGCUCAUCCGAGAAACCAUAGAAAAGAGGGGCAACCUGUCAGUGUUAUGGCUUGAUCUGGCCAAUGCAUUCGGCUCCAUCCCCCAUAAGCUACUCCAGCUCACUCUGGUAAAACAUCACGUCCCUAGCAGGUGUAGAGACCUCAUCGCUGACUACUACAGCAACUUCAGCAUGAGGGUCUCUUCGGGAGCAACUCCAUCCAGUUGGCACAAGGUAGAGAUUGGCAUCAUCACAGGGUGUACCAUCUCUGUGACGCUAUUCUCCAAUCGCAUUUUUUUUUUUUGUAUUUUAUACAGGUUUCAGAUAGAUGGGAAGAAAUUCAAAAGUUCACAGCAAUAUUAGACCAGGACAAAUUUUUUAUCAACGUUUAUAAAAUAAGAUAUUCACUCAAGUUAAGGUAUUUUCUUUCUCAUGAGGUUGUAGAUUAAUAUUUUGAACUUUGUCAAAUGCUUUAAAAAAGCGACAUCAGCACUGUUGUAUAUCUGUUCUGUCUUUGUAGUCAUUAUUGUAUAUGGGCCAUGACCUGCACUCUCAUUAUUCGUAUCAUCAUUGGGCAUUGUAAAACUGGUAUCAGUCGAACAUUCAUUAUAAACCUGCAGUCUGUUUGUUGCCUACAGACUAACAGCUGCUCUCUGUACCUGCAGGGGGCAUCUCAGCACGGGUGGUGAAAGUGUCUCGUGGUCCUCUGAUCAGAGUGGAGGGUCAACCUGUCUCCAUCAGGUGUGACGUCAGUGAGUAUGGAGGACCUAAAGAGCAGGUGAGACUCCUCCACACCUGAAGCUGUCUCUCCCUGUCUGACCUGUUCACCUGUUGUCUGACUCUGUCUGUCUGUCUUCUGCAGGACUUUGAGUGGAUGAUGUCUCAGGACAGCAUCAGUGGCGGCUCCAGGACAAAUAUCAUCUCCACGUUUGAUGCCGGUUACUCCCACCCAUCCCGCAGAAAGCGCGUAGCAUCCGGGGACAUCUCUAUGGUGCGUCUGCAUGACAGUGAGGUAGAGCUGAAGGUGGCAGAGGUCAAGACAACUGACGCCGGCCUCUACUGGUGCCAGACGCCAAGCACGGAUUUAGUGAUAAGUGGGAACUACGAGGAGAAGGUCCAACUCAUCGGUAAAUUUGCUGCUUCCACCUCCAACAGCUCUCUCUCUCCAGGUCCAGAUGUCUCUCUUCGUACCUGGAAGUAUACCAGGUGUCAGCCUCCAUUCUUUAUCCUUCCUGCAGCAGGAGGCUGAAGCUCCUCUCUGCUUCAUCAAGUGAUCAUCAGUCAAAACUCCACUGUUUGUAGUCGAGGUUGUCUAGUGCUGUGUCCUUUUCGCAAAUGAUUUGUUGAAAAGAACGAAUCUUUUAAGUGAACAUGCUGAACCGAAUCACUUCCUCUAGUGAUUCGUUCGUUUCUCAUUUAAGUUGAGCUGUAAGUAGCGCAGCUGCCAUAGAACACAGCAUCGAGCAGCCGGCAAGCGCAGGAAUCCUUUACUGAAUGUACUGUGGGGUAUACGUUCAGUAAACGAAUCGCUCACUGAGCCCAAUUUACCGAGUAGACCAGAUAAAUAGCAUACCAUUGGACAGUACACUUAAAACAUCAUGAUUACAAACAAGCUCAUUUUUACAAACCUGUUUGUCAAAGCAACACAGCCACAAACUCUUGUCUCCCGGUCCCAGAAGCUAUGAACUGAAUUGAAAGCUGAACCAUUCAGCCGGACACCAGUUCAGGAAGUUAGAGUCACAGUCUCCUCCCACCAAGCGCUGAAUGAUUCACUAAUUCAGUGAACGAAUCUUUUAAACAAAUCUUUUAGUGAACUGAUUCUAGUGAUUCAAUACAGUAUCAGUAUCAGUAUUCAGUAUCAGAGCUGCAGAACCAAGGCUGCAGUACCAGGCCUAUAGAAGCAGGGCUGCAGGAUUAGGUCAGCAGGAUUAGGCCUGCAGAAUCGGGGCUGCAGGAUUAGAAUUCCGGAUAUAUAGGCUGUUCAGUGUAGAAUGUCUGCCAAAAACCAUGACGUCAGACCCUCCUCAAACAUACCUUAAGGACAUUUUACCUAACAGAUAGGAUGGAGCUAUAUUAAGGAAAGGGACCAGCUCUAGUGUGCCCAGGCUUAGAGAUUCAGUGCGCGCGCGUGUGUGUGUGUGUUUACACGUGUAUGUGGGUUUACUCCCUUAGUGUUUCAGUGUGUUAUCUCUCUCUCUCUCUCUCUCUCUCUCUCUCUCUCUCUCUUUCUCUUUCUCUCUCUCUGUUUGUUGACUGGUAUGUUUGUAUAUUCUCUUUUUGUGCAGAUUUGAGUAAAUUUUGAUUACUUUCUGACACAGAAAUAAAACGACACCAUCAGCACUUUAUUCACUUUAAUGAGCUUCACACUGCGAAACAUAGACACAUACACGCACACACACACACACACACACACACACACACACACACGCGCACACACACACACACACACACACACACACACACACACACACACACACACACACACACACACACACUCUCUCUCUUUAAUGUCUGUUCUUCCUUAGGUAUCACAGUCACAGAAACAGACAGACAGACAGCAGGUUAAAGACAUGACACUCAGGUACAGGUGUGUGUCUGAGUGUGCGUAUAUGUGUGCCCCCGCCAGCAAAGCUUAUGGAGCUUUGCUUGCUCUAAAUCUCUACUGUUUUAGACUCCAGAGUGAAGGUAAUAAAUAUUUCCUGAAGGUUUGAUCAUUUAUGUCUCUGCUUGGAUGUGUGGUGGACAGAGUUUAGGACGAUUUAUAUAUUAUGAGAUUUUUAUCGAUCUGUUUUUAUAUCUUUAUAUUUAAAAUGGAUGUUUUUCAGAUUGUCGAUAUGUUCUUCUGUUUUUAAAUGAGUACUUUUUCAAAAUAUUGAUAUUCGCUUCUAUUUCAUCUUUGAAAUAGUAAUAGAUAUUUUAAAGAAUAUCAAUCAAUUUAUCUUUUUUCUUUUUUUUCAGUCAUCCCAAACACCCUCAGAGUCUCCCCUCAGGCUCCAACCCCCUUCGUCCCAGAAGGAAGUGACUUCACGCUGUCCUGUAACGUGACUCGGGAGCUUACCCAGCCCACCUACCUGUCUGUCACCUGGUCAGUGAAGAGGCAGACGUCCUCAGAGGACAUCCUGGUGUUUGGACCUCAGGCAGAGGCGGUGGUGGGGUCAAAAUUUGCACAGCGGUACGCAGACGGAGGAAUACGAUUGGUUCCUGGGAGGAAUGGCGUGUUUAAGCUAGUUGUUACCAGGGUAACGACAUCUGAUGAUGGGAUUUAUGAGUGUAAGGGAUCAGAGUGGACGCACGAGGACGGAGGACGCUGGCUGAAGAUCGUGGAGAGUAAGAAGGAGAUGGGGAGGGUGACAGUCACCCUGACAGGUGAGAGACUCACCCGAAUCAAAGGAAUUUACCUGUCUGUACCUCUACAUUUGUGUCACCUAUUCUUUUAUAUACCUAUCUGUACACAUUCACUUGUCUGUAUAUUCUUCUAUUAUAUUCUUAUCUGUAGAUCGUCUCUCAGAGGCAGUACUCUUUCUUCCUUCAGCAGUAUGAUCCUGAAACAGAAACUGAUGUUCUUGUGAUUUUCUCCUCAUUAACGGGUCUUCAGUGUGCUGAAAUAAAAACAUCAUGCUGCAGAUUAGUCAAAAGUCCAGCUUUGUUAGGUCUGUCUUCAAAAGGAGAAGAAAACUACUUUGAAAAUGUUUGUAUGUUGAACGGGGGUCAGAUCCAUCAUUUCUGAUGCAUUCAAGGAAGUCAGGAAAUCGAAUCUCUGUCUUCAGUGACUCAGCAUCGGUCAGAUUACAGUCUCAGUGUAAAUGUUUGAUCUAGAACAGAUAAACUGACCUUCAUGCAGAUAUUUUUUACAGAGAAAGAAAUCCUCCUUAGAUUACCAUGAGAGCUGGAGGUCAUUAUGAUGGACUGUGAUACUCCUGCUUUUGCUCUCUAUACAAACUGUUUUUGCUGCAGAUGCCAAAGCCUGCUGACUCCUGAUUGGUUCAUAUUGCCUCAGACUACAGAGAAAGAACACCUUUACCAGUAAAACUCAGACUCCUGAUUAUAAAGUCUGUGAAGCUGAUAGUACAGUCAGGCUGUCUGAGUAUAAAGUUUUGUAAAUUAAAGUAAAUAAAGAUCCAGACUAAGAAGAGAGAGAGGGAAGGCGGGGGGAAGGGUUAUAGAAAUGCGUUUUUCCAUAAUUAAUUGUAUUCAGUAUGAUUUUUUUUCCUUUACCGGUGGAAAUAAAUCCCAAAAUGUCUGUCUUUUUCUUUCAUUGUCUUUGCAGGCAGGUGGAGGCUGAUCAUUGUGUCUGUGGGUUUGUCAGCUCUCAUUUUAACUGUUGUGACUGUCAACAUCUGGAUAAAGAUUAAAGGUGAGGGCAUUUAAAGAUGAAAACCUUUUUUUAAUUAAAUUGUUUUUCUCUUUGGAAACUAAAGUGUAUUAUUUCUUCAGUCUUUCAGGGGAAAAAACAACAGAAGAAUGAUAAAAUGGUAAUUUUCCUUUAAUUAAAGUCUGUGGUAUUUAACUGUAGUGAUUGCACACGUCUUUAUCAGACUGAUCCGUCACUAUAUCUAUUGUUUUACAAAUGCUUUAAUAUUAUGUAAAAAAAUGAAAAGUUUAAGCUAAAACCAGUGCAUUGUAGGUGUUUUAAUUUUAAAGUGCGGUCAAGAUUGGAAAGCUGUUUAAUUUUGUUGUUUUUCACAGAUUGAAGAUUCACAGAUUUACAGUGAAGUUGAUGUCAAGCGAACCAAGAAAACGUCAUCGCCACCAGGACUUGACAUUGUAGUUGAAAGGUGA